CGCAGCCAUGGCGACCCUGGAGACCCUGCUGGUGCUGGGCGCUCUGCUCCUGGCGUCCGCCGAGGCCCAGCAGGAGCGACGCCUGAAGCCCUGGCUGGUGGGCCUGGUCGCCGUCGUGGGCUUCCUCUUCAUCGUCUUCGUCCUCAUGCUGGUCAACCGCAUCUGGUGCUCCAAAGCCAGAGCUGAGAAGCAGGAGGAGUCCAUGAUCGGAAUAGAGAGCAACGUGUACCAGGAAGUGGACCUGAGUAAAGAGGCCAAGAAGGGGAAGAAACAGAAGAAGGAGAAGAAGCCCAAGAAGAGAGGAGAGAACAACGUGGGCCUGGAGGUGGAGGAGAAGGAGGGGCCCAGCGACAAUGAGAAAACCAAGAACACAGCCAUGUGAAGACUGCCCGCUCGCCUCCUCCAGGCAGCCCCCCGGAGAUGCCCCUUCCCCACCCUCUCAGCAGUGACCUGGACCUGAAGCCACCAAGAUGACUCCCUCUGGGGUUGAGAAGACAGCGCCCACCCCUCAAGGAGAGCUCUCUGCGCCUCGCACGGUCCUUAUGUAUCCUCCUUCAUAAUUUGUCCUGCCUGGUGAUUCUUCUUGCACUUGGAGAGCGUUCCUGGUUACGGAGAAACCCCCAAACCCCCACAAUCUCAUGGCCUCAGCUGCUUCAACCCGCUGCCUGACUUCUUUUCCCUCCGCCUGCUAUCUAUUGGCCAGAACCUCCUCCCUCCCACGCAGCCUCAGGACCAAUACUGGUCACGGGCUCGGGACCUGCAUUAAAGAAUUGAUAAGAGCCCUCCAGGGGCGCUCCUGUCAUCUUUUGGGACUCAGUUUCCCCCGGGGGGAGGCAGCUUUUGGGGUUGGGGGCGAUGCCCAGGCAGGUGUGGAAGAUCCAGCCGGGCCAAGGCCCAGAGGCCCCGGGGAGAUUAAACGCGCCCCAGGCAAUCUUGAUUUUGCUGCGCUGAGCCCUGGACUUUGAGCCCCGAGGGCCGUCUCCUGGGAAGUCCUUGCCCCCCCACCCCCGUGUUUUGGGUCACGUGACUCCGUUCCUGGGACCGGGGUCUGGAGGGUGGGGCGCCCGGGGCCCUUCACUAUCUGGGGACCGGACAGCACUCUCUCCUCCCUGUUUCCAGCCUCCCCCCUUCUCCUCGCUUUCUCCAGGGCCCUGGACCUUACCCUGGACGGUAACUAUUUCUUAAGGAGGACUUUGAUAAAGGCUGGCGUCUGGGGCUCCGUUCCGCGCCCAGAGCCGGGGCUGGGGCUCCAGCCCAGAAGGCGGGGGGGCUUCUGUCCGAGGACACUUCCAGGAUCGCCCACCAGGGGGCGGAAAAACCAUAAAUAAACUAAACGUGAUAAAC